GAGCAAAGUUGCGACAGCCGGCGAGGGGCUCUACCCAGGGUCGGCGUGGCCAAGGACGGCUGGUCUCGGAGGAAAAGUAGCCACCAGUCCAACUCGGGUCGCCCCCACUAUUACUUAGGGGGAGUGGCCACAGCAGGUCCUAGCUGGUGGUGAGUGGCUGUCAUGAUCUCUACAGCACCGCUCUACAGCGGCGUGCACAACUGGACCAGUUCUGACCGGAUUCGCAUGUGUGGCAUCAACGAGGAGAGAAGAGCACCUCUUUCUGAUGAGGAGUCCACGACAGGUGACUGCCAGCGCUUUGGAUCUCAGGAGUUUUGUGUCAGCAGUUUUUCCAAGGUGGAGCUCACGACAGUUGGAAGUGGCAGUAAUGCCCGGGGGGCAGACCCAGAUGGCAGUGCAACAGAAAAACUUGGGCCCAAGUCAGAAGAUAGGCCUGACGACGCCCAGCCCCAGAUGGACUAUACUGGGAGUGUGGCUGAGGCAGGGGGCCCCUUGGUGUCCCUGAGCAGCCCAGGAGACGGGCUCAAGCUUUCUGCUCCUGACGGCCCCGAGGCUGGCAAUGACACUGCUGACUGCUCCUGGACUCCCCUUAGCAGCCAAAUGAGCAAACAGGUGGACUGCUCGCCAGCUGGGGCCAAGGCUCUGGACUCGAGGCAUGGCGUCGGGGAGAAGAAUACUUUCAUUCUGGCAACUCUGGGAACUGGCGUCCCUGUGGAGGGCACCCUGCCUCUGGUGACCACUAACUUCAGUCCGUUGCCAGCCCCCAUCUGCCCGCCAGCGCCCAGCUCGGCCUCCGUACCCCCGUCUGUUCCAGACCCAUUCCAGGUGCCCCUCUCGGUCCCCGCCCCGGUCCCCCACUCCGGGCUUGUUCCCGUCCAGGUUGCCGCUUCGGUCCCAGCUCCUUCCCCUCCCUUAGCGCCAGUCCCGGCUCUGGCCCCAGCACCACCCUCAGUGCCCACGCUUAUUUCUGACUCGAACCCCCUUUCGGUCUCAGCCUCAGUCCUGGUGCCUGUGCCCGCUUCUGCCCCCCCAUCGGGCCCCGUCCCCAUGUCGGCUCCAGCCCCAACCCCCCUCUCAGUCCCAGUUUCGGCUCCUCCCUUGGCUCUGAUCCAAGCUCCUGUGCCCCCUUCGGCUCCAACCCUGGUCCUUGCGCCUGUCCCCACUCCAGUUCUGGCCCCCAUGCCAGCAUCCACCCCUCCAGCAGCUCCUGCCCCUCCAGCGGUGCCGAUGCCCACCCCGACCCCGUCCUCUGGCCCGCCUUCUACCCCCACCCUCAUCCCUGCCUUUGCUCCCACGCCAGUGCCCGCACCCACCCCCGCCCCAAUCUUCACUCCAGCCCCCACGCCCAUGCCGCCUGCCACACCUGCUGCCAUUCCCACCUCGGCCCCCAUCCCAGCCUCCUUCAGUUUGAGUCGAGUGUGUUUCCCUGCAGCUCAGGCACCAGCUAUGCAAAAAGUCCCCCUGUCCUUUCAGCCGGGGACAGUGCUGACCCCAAGCCAGCCGCUGGUAUACAUCCCGCCUCCAAGCUGUGGGCAGCCACUCAGCGUGGCUACACUGCCAACCACCCUGGGAGUCUCCUCCACGCUUACGCUCCCUGUCCUGCCAUCCUACUUGCAGGACAGGUGUCUUCCCGGGGUGCUGGCCUCCCCAGAGCUGCGGUCUUACCCGUAUGCAUUCUCUGUGGCCCGACCCCUAACAUCAGAGUCCAAGCUGGUGUCUCUGGAGGUGAACAGGCUCCCCUGCACCUCCCCAUCAGGCAGCACCAGCACCCAGCCUGCGCCCGAUGGGGUCCCUGGGCCUUUGGCAGACACAUCCCUGUCUACUGCUUCUGCCAAGGUGCUUCCACCGCCACAGCCUCUGCUGCCAGCCCCCAGCGGGAGCUCAGCCCCACCGCAUCCCACCAAGAUGCCAGGCAGCGUGGAGCAGCAAACAGAAGGGACUUCCGUCACCUUCUCUCCCCUCAAGUCACCUCCACAGCUGGAGCGAGAGAUGGCCUCUCCACCUGAGUGCAGCGAGAUGCCCCUCGACCUCUCCUCCAAGUCCAACCGACAGAAGCUCCCAUUGCCAAACCAGCGCAAGACGCCGCCCAUGCCUGUGUUGACCCCUGUGCACACCAGCAGCAAGGCCCUGCUCUCCACCGUCCUGUCUAGGUCCCAGCGCACGACCCAAGCUGCUGGCAGCAGUGUCACCUCAUGCCUGGGCUCCACUUCCUCACCCUUUGUCAUCUUCCCUGAGAUCGUGAGGAACGGGGACCCGAGUACCUGGGUGAAGAACUCCACUGCACUCAUCAGCACCAUUCCGGGCACCUAUGUGGGCGUGGCCAAUCCGGUGCCCGCCUCCCUCCUGCUGAACAAAGACCCCAACCUGGGCCUCACCCGAGACCCCCGCCAUCUCCCCAAGCAGGAACCCAUCUCCAUCAUUGAUCAGGGCGAGCCCAAGAGCACUGGUGCCCCCUGUGGCAAGAAGAGCAGCCAGGCUGGGACUGAGGGACCGCCAAGCACAGUCAAACGUUACACCCCUGCCCGCAUCGCCCCUGGGCUGCCAGGGUGCCAAAGCAAGGAGCUUUCACUCUGGAAGCCCGCAGGGCCAGCAAACAUUUACCCACGGUGUUCAGUCAACGGGAAACCCACCAGCACCCAGGUCCUGCCUGUCGGCUGGUCACCGUACCACCAGGCGUCUCUGCUUUCCAUCGGCAUCUCCAGUGCUGGGCAGCUGACCCCCAGCCAGGGGGUGCCCAUCAGGCCCACCAGCGUCGUUUCUGAGUUUUCUGGUGUGCCAUCCCUCGGCCCCAGUGAGGCCAUGCAUGGGCUUCCUGAGGGGCAGCCACCACGGCCCGGGGGCCCCUUUGCUCCCGAGCAGGAUACGGGCACAAAGAACAAAACCUGCCGCAUUGCUGCCAAGCCUUACGAGGAACAAGUGAACCCUGUCCUCCUGACUCUCAGCCCUCAGACAGGGACCCUGGCGCUGUCUGUGCAGCCUAGUAGUGGGGACCUGCGAGUGACUCAGGGGCCUGGGGAACCAGAGAGCCACCUCUGCCCCGACAGCACUCCUAAGCUGGAAGGCCCCCAGGGGGCUUGUGGCCUGAAGCUGGCCGGAGAGACAAAGCCUAAGAACCAAGUGCUGGCCACCUACAUGUCCCACGAGCUGGUCCUGGCCACCCCCCAGAACCUGCACAAGAUGCCCGAGCUGCCUUUGCUACCUCAUGACAGCCGCCCCAAGGAGCUCAUCCUGGACGUGGUUCCCAGCAGUGCCAGGGCCUCUAGCACAGAGCUUCCACAGCUCGGAAGCCAGGUGGACCUGGGCCGGGUGAAGAUGGAGAAGGUGGAUGGUGAUGUGGUCUUCAACUUAGCCACCUGCUUCCGGACCGAUGGCCUCCCAGCAGCUACCCCGAGGGGCCAAGCGGAAGUGCGGAGUAAGGCCGGGCAGGCUCGAGUGAAACAGGAGAGUAUAGGUGUCUUUGCUUGUAAGAACAAGUGGCAACCAGACUCUGUGGUGAGCGAUGGUGCAUCCGAAUCUCCACCACCCAAGAAAAUGAAAUGUGGCAAAGAGAAGGAUGGUGAGGAACAGCAGCCACAAGCCAAGGUCCUGGUCCGAAGUUCCCAUGGACCCAAGUGCCGGAAGCCACCUAGUGACCCCCAGGAACCCACCAAGAAAAGCCCCAGGGGGGCUCCAGAUUCAGGAAAAGAGCACAAUGGAGUCAGGGUAAAGCACAAGCACCGGAAGCCAACAAAGCCGGAGUCCCAGUCUCCAGGAAAACGAGCCGACGGCCAUGAGGAAGGUUCCUUAGAGAAGAAAGCAAAGAGCAGUUUCCGUGACUUCAUCCCUGUGGUCCUCAGCACCCGGACGCGCAGUCAGUCUGGAAGCAUCUGUAGCUCCUUUGCUGGUAUGGCAGACAGUGACAUGGGAUGCCAGGAAGUCUUCCCCACAGAGGAGGAAGAGGAAGUGACUCCCACCCCGGCCAAGCGUCGAAAGGUGAGAAAGACCCAGCGGGACACCCAGUAUCGCAGCCACCAUGCCCAAGAUAAGACCCUGCUGAGCCAGGGCCGCAGGCACCUAUGGCGAGCCCGGGAGAUGCCCUGGAGAACAGAGGCUGCCCGGCAAAUGUGGGACACCAAUGAGGAGGAGGAGGAAGACGAGGAGGAGGGCCUGGUGAAGAGGAAGAAACGGAGACGGCAGAAGAGCCGAAAAUACCAGACUGGGGAGUACCUGACGGAGCAGGAGGAAGAGCAGCGGCGGAAAGGGAGAGCAGAUUUAAAGGCCCGUAAGCAGAAAACUUCCUCCCAGAGCCCAGAGCACCGCCUCCGGAACAGGAACCUUCUCUUGCCCAACAAAGCCCAGGGGAUCUCAGAUUCACCAAAUGGUUUCCUCCCAAAUAACCUUGAGGAGCCAGCCUGCCUUGAAAAUUCAGAAAAGCCAUCAGGAAAACGAAAGUGCAAGACCAAGCACAUGGUGACGGUCUCAGAAGAUGCAAAGAGCAAAGGGCGUUGGAGCCAGCAGAAGACACGCCCUCCCAAAUCUCCCACCCCAGCAAAGCCCACAGAACCAUGCACACCCUCUAAGUCCCGAAGUGCUGGCCCAGAGGAGGCCUCCGAGUCACCCACAGCCCGGCAGAUUCCCCCAGAGGCUCGUCGUCUCAUAGUGAACAAAAAUGCUGGCGAGACCCUCCUACAGCGGGCGGCCCGCCUUGGGUAUAAGGACGUUGUCCUCUACUGCCUCCAGAAAGACAGUGAAGAUGUGAAUCACCGCGACAAUGCAGGCUACACGGCCCUGCAUGAGGCUUGCUCCCGGGGCUGGACUGACAUCCUGAACAUCCUGCUGGAGCACGGGGCCAAUGUGAACUGUAGCGCACAGGAUGGCACCAGGCCAGUUCACGAUGCAGUGGUCAAUGACAACCUGGAGACCAUCUGGCUUUUGCUGUCCUAUGGGGCUGACCCCACGCUGGCUACCUACUCAGGACAGACAGCCAUGAAGCUGGCCAGCAGUGACACCAUGAAGCGCUUUCUCAGUGAUCACCUCUCAGAUCUCCAGGGCCGGGCAGAGGGUGAUCCUGGCGUUUCCUGGGACUUCUACAGCAGUUCUGUGUUGGAGGAAAAAGACGGGUUUGUCUGUGACCUCCUCCAUAAUCCUCCUGGGAGCUCUGAUCAAGAAGGAGAUGAUGUGGAAGAGGAUAAUUUUAUGUUUGAGCUCUCAGAUAAGCCUCUUCUCCCUUGCUACAACCUCCAAGUGUCAGUGUCCCGCGGGCCCUGCAACUGGUUUCUCUUUACCGACGUCCUGAAGAGGCUGAAGCUUUCCUCGAGGAUCUUUCAGGCUCGGUUCCCGCACUUUGAAAUCGCCACCUUGCCCAAGGCUGAGUUCUACCGGCAAGUGGCCUCCAGUCAGCUGCUGACCCCUGCCGAGAGGCCUGGAGGCAUGGAUGGCACCUCUGCCCCGGGCUCCUCUGAGACUGUGGAGCUGGUGCGGUACGAGGUGGAGCUGCUUCGGCUCCUAGGGUCCGAGGUAGAGUUCCAGCCUUGGAACAGUUGACCCGGAAAAUAGCCCCUCCCUUUUCUUCUUUCUCCUCCCAAGUUCACCCCUCCCCCACCUCCCAUGUUUUUCCCCCACCGAGCACCAGACUGCAGAAAGAGGCAAUAAUACGGACCAACAAGAAGCCGCCUUAUCGAUGCCAGCAUUAGUGACUGGAUUUUUUUUUUUUUUUGGUUACAGUUAGUUCUCAUCUCCCUGUCAUCGUCAUUGUUGUUGUGGUUGGUGAUGGGGGUGGAAAGUUGAACUCCACGUCUGAGGACAAGAGGUCCCAGGGGUGGUGGGAGGUGGUGCCAGGGUCCCUUGGACUGGCCUCCUUGCGUGUGACCAAGACCAAACCCAGGGCCCUGGGUGGCCACGGCCUGUCCGGAAGAGAAAUGAGAAAAGCCCAAAUCUCUGAGCGCCCCCUCUGUUCCCCUGUGUUCUUUUGUCUUCCAUAGUAUUUAUUUUAUUAGUAUUUAAUUUGUAUUGUUUCAUUGGUUUCUGAUAAGUCUGUAUCACUGUGACGAUUUGAGACAACUUGUUGUAUUGAGGGACUUUCUUCACCUCCUUUCUUUGUCUUUCUUGAUCAAGCUCUGAAGCUGUUUCCUCCCUCUGAAAAAGUUACUCCCAGGUUUUUUUCCACCACUGGGGAGGAGGCAGGGAAGGGUGGGGGCCAUUGACUUGUAAAACUAAUGAAGGUGGUUGGUGCUGGCCCAGGUGUGGGGGGUUGGGGGUGAAUCCUGAGGUUUUGGUGCUCACCCCCCCCAAUCCCACCCCCCGACC